CAUGUCGCCGAAGAACGAGCCAGGCGUCGAAUUGUGUGUUGACGUUUAAAAGCUAGCGAGGCCGCUCGUCCACUCAGCGCUAACGUUUAGCCGCUAACGUGAUAUUCUGCUGCGUCAAAAACACAGUUGGACGAGGCUCCCCGGCUCGUGGCCCCGAGCAACGUCGCAUGAACAAUAACUGACGCGAAUAUCGGUGGACUGUCUUGCCGCCAGCCGCUAACAGUUUGCUUCCGUCAAGCGCUAAAAGGAAAAGACGCUCGUGAACGCAACUGAACUGCGCACUUCUGAUCCGCAACGGUAUUAACGAUCUGACUUCCUGGUGCCAUCAUGAACAUGCUUGACCGCAACAUCAACAUCGACGCUCUCUUCAAGUUAUCCCAAAUAUCUCACUCCACUCAGGUGCACCUGAAGAAUGUGUACUCCAGCCUGGCAGUGUGUAUGUUUGUGGCGGCAGCUGGCUCCUACGUCCAUGUUGUCACACGCCUCUUUCAGGGCGGUCUGCUGUCGGUGCUCGGCUCCCUGGCCAUGAUGUUCUGGCUCGCCAUGACGCCACACAACUCUGAGACGGAGAAGAAGAGGCUGGCUAUCCUCGCAGGAUUUGCCUUCCUCACAGGUGUUGGUCUCGGCCCCACUCUGGACUUUGUCAUCGCGGUCAACCCGAGCAUCAUCAUCACGGCUUUCAUGGGAACCUCCGUGAUCUUCAUUUGCUUCACUCUCAGCGCCCUCUAUGCCAAACGCAGGAGCUACCUGUUCCUGGGAGGCACUCUGAUGUCUGGCCUUUCCCUCCUGUUCCUGAUGUCUCUGAUGAACAUGUUCUUCGGAUCUGUGAUGCUGUUUAAGGCGCACAUGUACCUGGGGCUGCUCAUCAUGUGCGGCUUCGUCCUGUUCGACACUCAGCUCAUCAUUGAGAAAGCAGAGAACGGUGACAAGGACUACGUCUGGCACUGUGUGGACCUCUUCCUUGAUUUCAUCACCAUCUUCAGGAAACUGAUGGUCAUCCUGGCCUUGAACGAUAAGGACAAGAAGAAGGAAAAGAAGUGAAGAACAUUUGAGAAACUGAAAUUUACAAAGAAAAAAUCCCAAGAAAAUAACCUUCUGUCCGAAAAGGCACGAUUUGCGCAGCGCACUUGGUGCUUUUCACUUUCUGUCUUCAUUUUUGAAUUAACUCCUCUUUGGUCUUACGUUAAUGAAAUGUCUUUGAUUUAUUUUUUGAAACUUACAACGAGGGUUGAAUGUAAGUUAACGCAACACUAACGCUAGUCCCAUCCUGGCUGAGAUGAACUAAAUAGACUAAAGCUGCAGUGAUCAUACUUGGCCUGUAGAGGGAGGUGUUGCUCCUAUAAAGGCUUAAACGCUGAUAAGCUCGAUGAGGAUUUUUAUAUUGCUGUUAUUUAGUGCCAUAAAUUAAUUCCAUGAUAGGCUCCUCUUAGCGAGUUGUGAGCUUCUGAAAGUGAUCGUUGUUUAAUUUCAAGUUAUGUUUUUUUUUUUCUCUCUCUCGUUGAUUUGCUUAUUUAUAGUUUUCCUCAGUACUUUUCUUUAGUGGCGUGUCACAAGAUAUGGUGUCCCAUGAUUCUGACAACAGAUCCCCUUUCAGAAAAGUUCCUGCUCAAUUGUUUUAUUUUUUCCUCCCUCCAUAAAUUAACUUUUGUGACCAACAUGUUGAAUUCUGGUAACGCCGACUCAAACCAUGACAGCCUGUCAUGAUUUACAGCAACUGUUUCAGAUGGACGUGCAGCCUGUGGGGGGGGUUGGGGGGUCGUGGCUGCUGGAGGAGGAAGAAGAGUCAAUGCCAUCUGUCCACUUUUUCAAUUAAAAGCAAAAACACGCGAGUUAUUAUUAUUAUUAUAUCACUCCCCUUGUAAAUUUCUCCAACUAUCUGUUGUCAAGAAAUUAGUUUGCCAAAUAACAUGACUUUAACCUUACAAUUUGGCUUUGAUACAUCUUUUUCUUUUCUUUUUGGAAAGUGUAUACUGUGAAGAAUUUAUUUUAUUGAUGUAAAAUUGAAACUAAUACUUUGAUACAUUUGCUCUAAUAAAUGUGUUGAACGUAUUUGAAGAAA